CUUGGAAAAAUUGGAUGCUUGCCCAUAUAUUAUUAAAUUUCAUGGAUUAUCGGAAAUAGCUACAGAAAAAGUAAUGGUUUUUGAAUGGGCAGAACUUGGUAAUUUAAAAGAUGUUUAUCAACAAUUUAAGAUUGAUUGGGAGGCAAAGAUUACUAUUACGAGAGAUAUUUGUCGUGGCUUGGCUUUUUUGCAAUCAGUAAAAAUUUUGCAUCAUGAUAUUCGAUGUGAAAACGUAUUAAUUAAUGAAAACAUACAACCUAAACUUACCAAUUUCAAAUUUGCCCGUGAAUUUAAUGCUAACACUAUUCAAAUUGAUAAUAUAAAUGCAUUGAUACAUUGGUUAGCACCGGAAAAAUUAAGUCAUAUUUCAGCAGAACAGGAUAAAAAGUCUAAAAAAACGGAAGAAGCCAGAUAUACCAUUCAAUGUGAAAUUUUUAGUUUUGGAAUGCUUCUUUGGGAACUUGCUUUUCAAAAAAUACCAUACGAAGGUAUGAGUAUGUUAGAUAUACAAAAACAUGUUCUAAAAGGUAAAAGGGAGACAUUGAAUUUCGGAUUAAGUCCUCAUCCAAUUCAAAGAGAAUUUGGUGAAAUUAUUAAACUUGCUUGGCAACAAGAUCCAUCAUUACGUCCGGGAAUCCAACUUCUCUUUAACAUGUUACAGGAGUCAUAUGAGAAAAAUGUAUUAUCAAACAAAGGUUCUCCAUUAAUACGUCCGUUAAAGGAAAAUACUACCGAAAUUACUACAGGAGAUGCGGAUUUAGAUAGUUUAUGUCUUUCGGAUUCUGAAGAUCAAAAUGAAUCAGUUAUACAAAUCGUUGUACCAUUAAUUCCAGUUAAGGAAGGUUUACAAGCUCAUAAAGAAGGCAAUCAUAAGAAAGCUUGGGAAUGCUUUGAAGCAAAUGCAAAUGUCGGAGAUAUAUUAGCAAUAUAUUGGCAAGGCUAUUAUUAUUUGGAAGGAAAAUAUGUUGAUAAAAACAAACAAAAGGCAAUGGAUUUAUUUAGAAAAGCAGCAGAUGCUGGCAAUGCUGAUGCUCAAUUACGAUAUGCUUUUUGUUUAAUUGAUAAGGAAAAUAAAAACAUCGAUAGUAGUAAAUUUAUGAAAUAUUUACAACUAGCGGCUGAUAAUAAUAAUGCUACGGCUCUUUAUAAUCUUGGUGAUGUAUAUUUCUCUGGUAAACUGGGUAUUAAAAAGGAUAAGGAAAAAGGUAUUCAUUAUUUGAGACAAGCUGCUUUACAUAAGCAAACUAAGGCAAAAGAGGUACUAGACAAAAAUGGCAUUAGUAUACAUUAGUAUAUAUGGUUAAUUAUUAUACACGAGUUCGAGCUAAGUUAUUUCGAAAUAAAAAUAACAAGUAAGUUAUUAACACACGUGACAAAUAAUUAUGACGAAAUCACAAUGAUAUUGUAAAUGUCAAUAAGAAAUAAUUUUACACUAAAAUAAAGUAUACCAUCUAGAUUUAAGCUCUUUAAAUUAUAUAUAUUGUUUGACGAUAAUUUAAUCUUGUUUUUGUGGAAUCUCGUUCUCUCCUCGGCUAAUGUCAAGUUUAAAAUUAAAAUUUAUUUACUGGUCAGGCAUAACGACUCUUUAUUUGUCUAAUUAUUUUAUUUACUGUAUUUAGUAAUGAAUCAUUCAUUCACGAAAAUUUAUUUAGUACAGGAUCAAA